AAAUGAUACUCUUUUAUUUCUGUUAAACUUGUAGGUUAGUUGCAUAUGCUCUCAAAUCUCUGGGUCUGGAGAAAGGAUCUGUAAUUGCGAUUGAUAUGCCAGGCUAGUGAAAUGUUGUUGUAUCAAUUGCUGAUAGUUUUGCAGCUAGUGAAAUAUCAACCAGGCUUAAAAUAUCAAAAGCGAAAGUCAUAUUUACUCAGGGUGUCUCAUAUUGUUGCUUCAUAAAUGCCUUAGAGUUGUGGAUGCACAGUCACCUAUGGCAGUAGUUAUCCCUACCAAAGGAUCUGAAUUUAGCAUGAAACUGCGUAUCGGUGACCUCUCUUGGCAUGAUUUUUUGGAGAAAAUCAAUAGUCUCAAAGGCAAGGAACUCAUAGCUACAGAACAACCAAUAGGAACAUUUACAAACAUUCUCUUUUCUUCUGGAACAACAGGUGAUCCAAAGGCAAUUCCAUGGACCAAUAUUACUCCUCUAAAAGUUGCUGCAGAUGCAUGGUGCCACAUGGACGUUCGUAAAGGUGAUGUAGUGUGCUGGCCCACUAAUCUUGGAUGGAUGAUGGGGCCAUGGCUAGUAUACGCAUCCUUGCUAAAUGGAGCUUCAAUGGUCUGUAUAUUGGAUCCCCUCUUAGGUCUGGCUUUGCCAAGUUUGUACAGGAACAAACUCAUUCUGCUGUUUAAAUUUUCAGUCCUUUUCAUAGCUUUUGUUUCCUGUGAAGUGUGAACAAUUAUUAUUCUUACAUUGACUGGUAGGCACUCAAAAUUUAGUUACUAUUUCUGCAGAAAAACAAGUAUUUUUUUGGAAGAUUAUAUUUUGUUAUUAUUUCUGUUUUACUUUUACAUUUCCAUGAACUCAUGCAAGCAAGUCAAAACAGUUUUCUCAAGUAAGAUAUAACAUCAACUAAAAAUGCAUGUGUAUUCUGUUUACUGAACUGUAAAAUAGUAAAAUGGCAGUUUAUUUUCUGCAAAUGGAUUUCUCUUUUUAAUUUAUCAUUUCAUCAUGUAUAAAAUCCACAAGUAGGUAGGUGCAUCUGGGGAAUGUCAGCUGUAUAUUUUGUAUUUUUGUUCUAUUACACAAGCAGAGGGAUGGAGUAUGUUUCUGCACCCUGCACCUUGCAGCUCUUGAAGUAAUUUAAUGGCAUAAUAGUAUUAUUUGUUUGUUGUACUUUUACUAUUUAUCGUUGCAACUCCACCUCAAUAAUUGCUUUUUCUUCAACCAACCUAAUGUUUGCUUUUCAUAAUCAUAAAGAUAGGAAACACUUAUUGAAUAUAACUGGCCACCAUUUUGCAUAAUGGCAAUAACUGGCCAACAUGGAAAAUGUUUUUUCUAGUAGUGAAUGAGAGAUCAAGUACAUUUUAUAAAAGUUGGUGCACCCCAACAGAAAAGAUUGAAAACCUCGUAGCCUGUCUAUCAUGGUCUGAUAACCUACUCUUUUGCUAAGCAGUUUAAUGAACAAAGCAUUCUCCCAAGGAGCACAAAGGCGGCCCUCAAACACAGAAUUAUCAAUUUGCACCAUUGGCUUUAUUGUGUUACCCCCUUCAUACUCAAUAUGAACCAAUUUUUCAUUGAACAAAUCCCUCAGAGGUGGAGGUUGUAGACACGACUUGUUACCCAUAACUUUAUCUAUGAAAGGUAUGAAAGGUGUCUUCGUAGCCGGAGGAGAGACGCCACUGUUUAGUGGUUCAUUGUGUAGGCCAGUAGCACCAUGAGUACCUGCAGAGAAAAAACCCUGGGAAGACAUUAGAAAACUUAAGUGAUAUGUAAAAGUAAAUCUCUUUUUACUGAAUUUUAAUUUAUGCACAGCUUGAGAGUUUUAUAAUUUUCGAUAAUAUUUACAAAAUUAAUUAAAUCUAUUUAAUGUGUUCAAUAUUUUUAU